AUGGAGACGCCAAUAAAUCUCGGAGAGGUGGAUUCCCUCGAAGCCAUUGUUAUCAUCGACAAUGAACUAGAUCCGCUCUCGUCUCCAGCCCCAGAUACCGUCCAAGUCUCAGGGACGCUGGGUUCAAUUGCCAUGGGCUCAACUCAUACACUGACAGACCGCGGGGAAGCCUGCAAGGAGUUCAGGCUAGAGGAUGUCUGUUGCGCAGCACAUGGCUUGUCAAUUCUAGUGACUGCCACUAGAGGUGAUAAGAAACACGCCAUUCUUUUCGAUGCGGGUCCUGAAGAAGAGGCUUGGGAGAGAAAUGUGAAACGGCUGCGACCAAAUCUUUCCUCUGUGGAAGUGAUUCAUCUGUCGCAUUGGCAUCGAGACCACUCCGGUGGUCUUCCGCGAGCAAUCCGCAUGAUAACCGAUGCCAAACGAGCCGCGAGCCGCUCUGACGACUUGGUCGCGGACUUGCACCCAGACCGACCGGUCUACAGAGGCAUUGCUCUACCCGAGUAUAUCAUUUCCCACGAAGCUGACCCUACCUUUGAAGCAAUUGAAAGUGCAGGUGCGGUGGUCGACAAGCGGAGCGAACCGCACACCGUACUUGAUGACUUUUUUCUUGUCUCUGGGGAAAUUCCACGAGUGACGCCGUAUGAGACAGGUCUAAAGAAUGCAGUGCAAUAUGAUCCUGAUGACAAUGAAUGGUUCUCUGAUGAGGUCAUUAAGGAUGAACGUUCUCUCAUCUGCAACCUCAAGGGUAUGCCCACCCUACACCCCUUUUACAAGCUUAUUGAGCUCACAUAUUCCCUAGGAAAGGGACUUGUUGUAUUCACGGGAUGUAGUCACGCUGGCGUAGUCAACACCACCAAACAUGCCGUUCAGCUCACCGGCGGGACGGUACCUGUCCAUGCCGUUGUCGGCGGAUUUCACCUCGCCACGAGCGACGCGGAUCAAAUCCAAAACACAGUAGCUGAUCUCAAACGACUUGAUCCCGCUGUGCUCAUGCCGGGUCACUGUUCGGGCUGGCGGGCUAAGUUUGCGAUUGAGAGACACAUGCCUGGGUCCUUGGUACCCUGCACCGUAGGAUCAAAAAUCACGUUCUGA